AUGGGUGAAAUGUCGGAGUGGACAGCCCAAACCUGCCAAGACGGUCACGAACCAAGAGCGAGUGCGAAAUCUUCAAGCCGAUCCCCCACGACGCAGGUCAUCAACCUGACGCAAAACAAACUAUCGGGUGAUAUCAUCGAGCUCGAUAUCAUGUUGGACCCGGUAGCAUUAGCUAUUCGAGCCUCAGCUGAAUUGAUCGCUCAAGGGAUCGAUGAAUCGCAUCCAGACUUUCUGGUCUCGGUAGGUGACACUAGAUGGCGAAUUCAGAUUAGAAGAUCCGCAGAUUUGACACCCGAACUGAAGAAAGAAUGCUUUGAGAUUUUUGAAUCUAACAUGAAACAGAUAUAUCUGAAGAGCUCCCAUGGCUAUAAACCGAAAGCAAAGAAAAGAGAAUUAUUUCAUCCUGACUCCCGGUUUUUGUUAGCCUCAACACCCGACGAAGGCAAAUCACUAUUACCAGUGCAUGGCUUUCUGAUGUGGAGAUUCGAUUUCGAAGAGUGCUUCAGUCCAGAAGAAGGUAUGGUUGAAGUUGCUUACUGUUACGAAAUCCAGCUCAAGCCCGAAACCAGGGGAAAAGGUCUAGGGAAACUCUUAAUGGAAAUACUAGAGCGAAUCGGCUCAAGUUGGGCUAUGAAAAAACUAAUGCUCACCGUCCAAACUGAAAAUGAAAACGCCGUCCAGUUCUAUCGCUCCUUAAAUUUCUUGCCUGAUGAAAUUUCUCCCUCUCAAGUUGAACAGCCAGAAGGAGAACCGAAGGCAGAUUACGAAAUACUCUCAAAAACGUUGUAA